UAUCUUCAGAGUUGACCGACGGCGAUUCAAUCAGAAGCCCUCCAUUGAAUCGGACAGAUAAACAUGAACGUACAAGCCUCAGAAGUCAGAGCGACCAUGAUCCCCAAUGUCGGUGAAUGCAGCUUAUCAUGCCGCCGCUGAUUUUUCGUCUGUCGAUUGUAGCUGGAAUCUGCCAUGGAUACUGGAGGCAGGCAGGCAGCAGCGAAAGCCCUGCAGAGACGAAGAAAGGAAAAUCCAAGACUCCCAAAAAGCCCAAGGAAGGCCUUCUUAAGCAAACUCAGUCUCUCUCUCUCUCUCUCUCUCUCUAUGCGUCAAUAUGUGUACUUACAUAUACGUAGACGUAUUUUUUACUUGGUGAACUGUUUUAGUUGUGCAGAAUCUCCAGCUGAGUUCUUCUCAGAGAACAAGAACAUUGCCGGGUUUGAUUAUCCUUGGAAGAGCCUUUACACUACGGUGAGGGAACUGGUUGAAAACUCCCUUGAUUCAGCAGAGUCCAUAUCUGAGCUUCCUGUGGUAGAAAUCAUAAUGUGAGUAUUGCGUCAAUUCAAUUGCAACAGGAUAGCUAACGCA